CUUAACUGUAAUUUUGCUCUUUUAUGUUUAGUUUGAUAAUACAUCCAUUUAACUUAAAUGAUUGAAGUUGUUCCUGUUUGUUUUAUGCCUCCCAAGUGACGUGAACCAAACCUUUUAAAUGUUUCUGGAGUACAUUGUGCAACUGAUACAAGCAAUGCUUCAGGUUCUUUGGUUUAGUCAAAAGACGCUAUCCAAUACUUUGAACAUUUAUGUGAAAUCGAACACAGGGAAGACUUUGUCAGUAUCAUUAGAUCCUAAAUGGGAUGUCAAGAACGUCAAAGAAGUAAUUGCUCCUAAAUUAGGUUUGCCUCCUGAUGAGUUAAAGAUAAUAUUUGCUGGGAAAGAACUUGAAGAUUCAAUAAUCAUCGAGGAUUGUGAUUUGGGCGAACAAAGUAUUCUUCAUGCUGUGAAAACAAAACGAAGAACUUCAUCCUCUCCGGCAACAAAGCCAUUGAAUGAAGCGCUUAAAGAUUUACAACUUGCAAAUAUAACAGAAACAGAGGAUGCACCACUAACAGAGGAAGAGGCAGUGGUUGAGCGGAAGAGAGUUCACUUCUAUGUGUAUUGUGCCUCUCCGUGUGGAGGAGUGAGAGAGGGUAAGCUGAGAGUGAGAUGUUCAUCUUGCAAGAGUGGAGCCUUCACAGUGGACAGUGACCCAAGGUGUUGGGAAGAUGUGCUCAAGCCUCUCAAGAUAUCUGGCCAUUGCGAGGAGGAAGCAUGCCCAGAUGGAGCAGUUGGUUGGGCAGAGUUUUACUUCAAAUGCAGUGAGCACACGAGCCAGGGAGAGAAGGACCAAGCAGUUCCCUUGUACCUUAUCAGGGCUAACCUGCGUGAGGUACCUUGUCUGGCUUGCACUGAUGUCAGUGACCCAGUGCUGGUGUUCCCGUGUGAGGCGAGUCACGUGACCUGUUUGGAGUGUUUCCGCCAGUACUGCGUAACAAGACUACGAGAGCGACAGUUUGUGAGUGAUGAGCAGUUAGGCUACACGCUGCCUUGUCCUGCGGGAUGUCCAGACUCUCUCAUCGCAGAGUGUCAUCACUUCCGCCUCCUCACGCAAGAACAGUACGCACAGUAUCAGAGGUUCGGAGCAGAGGAGUUUGUGCUCAAGGCAGGCGGAGUGCUGUGUCCUCAGCCUGGAUGUGGCGCUGGCAUCUUAGCUGACCCUGACUGUAUACGGAUAACUUGUGUGAACGGUUGUGGUUUUGUGUUCUGUCGACUGUGUCUGCAAGGUUACCACAACGGAGACUGUGACUCAAGAGAGCAAACAGCUGCGGUUGGCAGCAGCGGUUACUCUGUUGAUCCGCACAGGGCUGGAGCUGCAAGAUGGGAUGAAGCUAGUAGAGUGACCAUAAGAGUGAUGACAAAACCUUGUCCUGAAUGUAGAACAGCUACAGAACGUGACGGGAGAGGUGGGAAAAUGCAUUUAUGCACACAGGUUGCCUGUAGUGUGGGACUCCAACGGGCUUAAGGCCCAGAGACUACCCACUAAAAACCUCCUCUACUCUUCGGACACUAGCCUGGGAACACUUGUCGCACUUCAUCAGAACUAGGCCGAGUUUUCCUACGCCCGAGGGGCUUACGCCGUGUCUAGCCGUUUAUUUCUUAUCAAAUCUAGACUAUGUUCCGAUCUAGAUCAUUCUUUUUAGCUUGAAGGACAUUCCGGACAAAGUGCGACCAGCAGUCCCAGUUGUCCUCACCCUUCAGCAAGGUCUCACAGAUCGAUUCAAUCGACAGCACCCCAAGAUGUUGAAUGGCCUCCUGGCGAAGCAUAUCCCAUUGUGGACAGUGGAAAAAAGUGUGUUCCGCGUCGUCGGGAAUGCAUGGGCAGUAAAUGCAGUCAGGUGAAUUCGUUUUGGCCAUCAAGUGCAGGUACGACUGAAAAUAGCCGUGACCUGACAAGAACUGCGUGAGGUAAUAGUCAACCUUUACCGUGCCGCCGUUCUACCCACGGUUGGACCUGCCUGAUGAGUCUGGCAGUCCAACGUCCUCGAGUCUCCCUUUCCCAGCUUUCUUGCCACAUCUGAAAAGUGCGGGAGCGCUCUUCUGUUCUUGCAGCGUCCUUUCCGAUGUAGCCUUGUCUCUGGUAGAUUGCCUUCCUCUCCGCUGCCAAGAGUUUGACUGGGAUAACUCCAGCGAUCACCAAAACCGACACCGUACGGUACGCGGAAGCGACCCUGAGUGCCGCCUGACGCUGCACUCGUGCGAGCCUCAACCUAUACGCCUCCUUGUUAAGCGCGUCUGCCCACACCUCAGAGCCGUAGAGAAGCACGGACUGGACUGCAGACAUCAGUAGUCUUCUACGGCUGGACCGGGGACCACCGACAUUGGCCAUAAGCCUACUAAGAGCAGCAACACUCCUAGCAGCCUUGUCCGCCGUGCGGAAGAUCUGGUCCCUCCAGCUCAGCUUGUUGUCCACCAUGACACCAAGGUACUUGGCGGUUCGCGUGGUUUGGACAACUACGUUCCCAACUCGUAGCGGAACGAUGGUUUCAAUCCGUUUUUUCGUGAGGAUGACGAUCUCUGUCUUGCUCAGAGCGAGUGUCAGACCA